UAACAUGUUACAUUAUAAAUAUACGAUCUAUGAAUGUUAUCAUGUGAAAUUGUUAAUGAACAAUCGCGCCUAGUCCUUCCGGACAUCAAAAUAGAUGACUAUUUUACAUUCACAACGUCAUAAUAUUAUAUUUUUUCUCUUCGCUGGCACAACCUUUUAGUAGUGUUGUGAAAUCAACUGAUUUUUCAGUAUAUAGCUAAUAUUAUCAAAAUUGUUUUCCCUCGGGGCAAACGGCAAACGGCAAACGCCUGCACAUUUUAAUGAGGAUAACACAUGUAUCUUCGUAUUUUUUUUCGCGUAAAAUGACUACAAUAAAAAUAUACAAUUGAGCAUAAUAAAUCCAAGUACCUAUUCCAAAUUCAGUGAAAUAAUAUUAUAAUAUGUACAAUGUUACCUUAAUAAAAACUAGAAAGUUGGGUACAAUCGAAAUAAUAUCAAGAAAUUUAGUGGAGCCAGUUGUCUAUGUUUUUCAGACGAACAAAUCAAUAAACAUAAAAUUUACAUUACAACAAAUAUUUUUGACAAUUAUUUAUUGUCAGUGAGACAGUGACUGUAUUGUACUAAUGUAUAAAACAUACAUACAUAUAUACAUAUAAUAUGUAUACAUGUUGGUACGAGCGGCGACGUGGCGAACGCGAUAACGUCUUUUCAGUUAUUACUAAAUUAUUUUUACCCAUGAAAAUGUUCGGUACACGUAUAAACUACCCAUGAAGGUAGUAUGACCAAACAGUUAUUUUCCAAAUUUUUUUGAUUCGAUACAAUACAACAGAUAGUCUUUUUUUCCAAGCAACAUGUUUUUGCGGUCUUUGCACACUGCGGGGCGCUUUCAACGCGUCACAGGUAGUUCGAAAGUGAAAGUGUACCGCACCCUCACCCAAAACUGCCAUAUUGUCACCUGUAUACAAUAGUACGAUGUGACAAAAAAAAACCGCCUGUUCUAAUUCGUGUUAACCUCAAUUUUGGUCGAAUUGCCAGGAUUUGUGACUCGUCAGUCGUUACACGUUCAUUAAAUUCUUCAGUGUCGGUUUUUUGCGCAAGUUGUAGCGUGACUAUAUACGUCUUGUAUAGUGAAGGUAGACACUUGCUAGUCAACCGGACAUUUUGCGAAUUGACUAUCUGUUUAAGUCAACCUUUACUGUAGUGAUCGCUCUAUCACAAAAAUUUAACGGUCUCUAUAAUUUGUUAAAAUGCCUACCGUUUGUGUAUUGUGUAUAAGACCAACGCUCAAACGUUUUAACUCUAAGAUAUCUUUUCAUGUAUUUCCAACAUGUCCAAAAAAACGGCAGAUAUGGAUCAAAAGGUGUAAAUUAACGAACCAAGAAGUCUUACCGCGCCAUAAAAUAUGCUCAUUUCAUUUUAAGCCUACAUGUUUCAAAGUUAACGCAAAGAGACGAAUACUUCACCCAGAUGCUGUACCAACAAUUUUUGAAAAACGCUAUGUCAAGAAAAAAAAUCUGCCAAACAAAAUUAUUAAAGAAGAUUGUAAUAAGAAGGAGAUUGUCCAUCAAAAUCAGCAGUCUUGUAAUAUUUCAUCAACAAAACCUACUCAAAAAGAAGUAAUUGGUCCAAAACGUAUUAUUUCACCUUUAGAAUCCACUAGAAAUGUACUUGAACAUUUACAAAAUAUUGCAACAAGUCAAAAAAAAAAGAUUGAUAAUCUCGAUACAACUAUCAAGAAACUAGAAGAAGAAAAAGCUUAUUUUAUGUCACAGUUGGAACUAGCAACUGUUAGAAUCUCAAUGGUUAACCAAAUGAAUAAUAAAAACAACCAAUAGAUGGAGUAUUUUAACAAUUUUGUCUGAAGAAUUUAACACUAAAAAAUGCUCAAUUUUAUAUUUUUUUUUUAUUUUUUUUUCGGCUUUAAGUGAUUAAUAUUAUAUAAUACAAGAAGAUCAUUUUACUAUUUUAUUUGAUAUCCAAGGGUUUUUUUAAUUGCUUAUUUUUAAUUUAUUAAAUAAAUGUAUUUAUUUAUUUA